AGAAACGUAGUUUACCCUUAUUUUUCGAUCCCCCUUUUUCAAAAUUUCCAACACAACCAUUUGUAGACUCAGAAAAAUCAAUAUAUGUAGUAAAUCAUGGGGACUCCAUUACCGGAAACUCGUACUCAGCUAGCCAUCGAAUCGUUCAAAAUGGGGCAUUUUGCGUCGUUAAGAUCCGCAGCCCGUACCCUCGAGGUUCCAGUGUCCCCCUUCUAUUACCGGGCAGCUGGGAGAGAUCCAACGCGCAAAAGCCAAAUAAUCAACUUGCCUCGCUUGCUGAAGAGGAGAAGGUUCUCAUUGAAUGGAUUUUCCAGCUCCAUCGUCUUGGAGUUCCUGCUCAACCGUCACGCUUCCGAAGGAAUGGCCGAACACAUCCGCCGAAGAAGAACAGGCGAUGAUUCGCCGCCACUAGGUAAGAAUUGGGUGACAAAGUUUACUAAUCAACACACAGAAAUCAAAAGUGAAAUGGGUGCAAGACUAGAUAAGGAGCGCUGGAACUGUGUUUACUCGAGAAUCCAUGGAAGGAUGGUUCAACCUGCUCAAGUCGGUGAAGGAGGAAUACCGUAUCCUUGACAGCAACAUCUACA